GCUCUCAGCGGUGCUGGAAGCGCAUUUGGCCCGGGAAGUGCUUCAUUUGCUCCAUCAAGGCAGGGUCUUAGUGGAGCUGUAGGAUCCAGUGGCUCAAGUUCUGUGCGUCAAGGUGCCGCCGGUUUCUAUGGACCUGGCUUCACAGGAGGCUACGGCAUGUACGGCACCUUCGGUGGUUACGGCGGUUACUACCCUGCACCUUACGGCUUCGGUGAUGAAUACGGAUUCGGUGGCUUCGGCGACUUCUAUGGUUCCUGGCCAAGCCACGGAUACUACGGAUAUGGUCCUGGUUCUUAUUAUGGCUACCCCGGUUAUGGCUACGGCUGGGGUUUUGGCACCGGUUCCAGCGCGGGUCAGCGUGUCCAGCAACAAGUCCGUCGUGCCGGGGCUGGUAGCUCGAGUGCCGCCAGGAGUGCUUCUGCCUCAUCUUCCAGUUCCAGCAGCCAGUAAUCAGGGAAGUAUAUCACAACUUGGGACUUCACACCAAAGUUCCUGCGCUGAUUGCACCAGUUUUCUCGAGAAUGUGAAACGACUAUCAAAUGCAGUAAAACGAAUUUUGGCAUCCUACCGUCAAGAUUUGAAUCAAAAUAAAACAAACUUCAGGGCUGAACCUAAACUUUGGCUGUCUCCAAUUCUUUUUUUUAUUCAGAAGUGGUACAGGGGCAGGAGACCUUCACCUAACGGAAUGAUUCUCCUGCGACGUUGUGCUUGA